AGAACCUUUGUCUCCCCACCCAACUUGUCAGUCGGCCCCGCCCCAUAUCCCCGCCCCCUCCAACGCGGAGGAACCAAUGGGCGAAGAAAAGAAGGCCAGGGUCUGACGUCAGCGAGUCCGGCCAAUCACAGGUCGCGUUGGUGUGAGGCCUUGAGGAGGGCGCGCCCAGAGGAAGGAAGACUGGAGGAAAGAAGCUUGAAGUCAAGAUGGAGACUGCUGGGCUCCCAGCUGCUGCUGUGGGGAACGGAGAACUGGGGCCCCAGAGGGACCUGAUCCUGGUGCCCGAGCGGCUUCAGAGGCGAGAACAUGAGCGGCAGCAGGAGGUGGAAAGGCGGAAGCAAAAGCGGCAAGACCAGGAGGUGGAGGAGGAGAAGAGCGACUUUUUCGCCGCCGCGUUUGCUCGGGAGCGAGCGGCCGUGGAAGAGCUUCUGGAAGGCGGGGAGUCCGUCGAGCAGCUGGAGGAGGCGGCCGCUCGGCUGCAGGGGCUGCAGAAACUUAUCAACGACGCGGUUUUGUUCUUGGCCGCCUACGACCUGCGGCAGGGACAGGAGGUGCUUGCGCGACUGCAGGCGGCCCUGGCCAAGCGGCGCGAGGAGAUGCAGCCUAAGAAGCGUUUCGCUUUCAAGACCCGCAGGAAGGACGCUGCUUCAGCCGCCAAAGUAGACUCGGCUCCCCGCGCCCCGGCAGCGGAAGGCAGCCUGGCCUCCCAGCCGCCCUUGAAGGAGGAGGGAGGCUUCGGCUCCAGCUGGAUCUGCGGCUUCUCCAACGUGCAGUACCAAGUCUUAGAGAAGAGAGCCGAGGAGCUGCACCAGCGCGACGUCCUUUUGACCCAGCUGAGUAACUGCACGAUCAAAUUGUAUGGCAAUCCGAACACCCUGCGGCUGACCAAGGCCCGAGGCUGCACUCUGCUCUGCGGCCCAGUAUCCACCUCUGUGUUCCUGGAGGACUGCAGUGACUGCGUGCUGGCUGUCGCCUGCCAGCAGCUCCGCGUACACACUACAAGAGACACCCGCAUCUUCCUGCAGGUGACGAGCAGGGCCAUUGUGGAGGACUGCACCGGGAUCCAGUUCGCCCCCUACACCUGGAGCUACCCGGGGAUCGACCAGGACUUCGAGGGCUCGGGUUUAGAUAGGAGCAAAAAUAACUGGAACGACGUUGACGAUUUCAACUGGCUGGCCCGAGAUGUGGCCUCCCCCAACUGGAGUGUUCUUCCUGAGGAAGAGCGAAGGGUCCAGUGGGACUAAGCAUUUGUUACUCUUGACUCCUACCAAAUACUCCCCAUGUGGGACUGACUCCAGCUAAUGGGACCCCAAAGUUUGCUUUUGUUGUCACACUGUUUUUAUUUUAAGAUUUGAGAUAGGCCCCUAAUUUUGAUUUCCAUUAAACUUAUGACAGGUCUACCAUUUGAAAGAAGUUUUGCUAUUUUGGUAA